GAGGUUUACUUUGAAAUGCAUGAAGAUAAAAUAUGCAGAGCUAUAGCACAAAUGCUUUUGCAAAAUGCAGUUAAAUUCAAUCUGUCAGAGUUUCAAGAAGUCUGGCAACAAAGUGUCCCUGAAGGGAUGACAACAAGGCUUGAUCAGCUUAAGGGCUUGGCUCUUGUGGAUAAAAGCUCAAGACCAGAGACCAUCUUUCUGCUAAAAGUAGAAGACUUACCUGAAGACAAUCAGGAAAGAUUCAACAGCUUAUUCAGCAUACGGGAAAAGUGGACAGAAGUGGAUAUUACCCCUUAUAUACAAGACUUAUGUGCAGAGAAGCAGACAGUUGGUGCUCUUCUGACAAAAUAUGCUCGCUCCUCAGUGCAGAAUGGCGUUAAAGUUUAUAAUUCUAGAAGACCCAUCUCAUAACAACUAUUGUUUUAAGUACUGAGAAUACUGAAUGGAGUAACAGUGAAUGUUGCUCGUUGCUGCCUUCUGGGGAAAGUUGUCGUCAGCCGGUAUGAUUCAGUGUUCUUGAGUUUAAGCAGCUAAGCUUCUUGAAUGAGUUCUGUUUUCUGCUCAGCCAGGUAGAAUGUGAGGGCACUUGCCUCUUCUAAGAAACUAUAGUGUCAGCAGCCUUUGCCUGUCUUCCUUUGCCCAUCGUUUUUUUCCUUUGUG